CAUGACGAACCAUUCGAUGGUUUGAGGCUCCCGCAAUGAUGAAGAUCAGUUGUGCUGAAGGAUUCGUCGUGUUUGCUGGUGGUCCGCGUCUGAAGCAUCCGCGCCUUUAAAGUAGCCAGUAUUCGGUGCCUUGCUACCCUGUGUGUAGAACGAACAAGUUAACGGAACUCACUUCUAGCUAGAAACGAGAAACAGUGUAGUCGAUGGUUCGUCGUUUCUGCUAAAGUUACACAAUUAAUCGUUGGAGCUGACACCUCGCUAGUCAGUCGUGACACCCCGUCACACACACGGUUGGAUAGAGACGCUGCUUCUCCAGCGAGUAGAGGAUAGCCGAGCGUGCAAAGCAUGUCCGACACGGAGGAAGAUUCGACCUGCUCCGACAGUUGCUGGCCCAUCAACGAGGAUUGGCUGAUGGAGGUGCUGAAGAAGCAUCACGAAGUUCGCUCGGGAAUCAGCAUUAGUGAGUUUAAGGUUCGUCAGGGAUGUCAGGAUGGUGUGAAUAACCUGAGUGACAUAUUGGCCGUCUCGGUGGUGUACGAGUUCGCCAAGGACGGUGAUGAUGGUGGCGUGCGACAGAGCCUGGACAUUGUGAUAAAAUUACUGCCACAGGAUCCCUUCAGUCGGUACUUUGUAACCGAAGCACAGUUCGAUCUACGAGAAAUCAAAUUCUAUACCAGCAUUCUGCCCGACCUGAUGGCCUUUCAGGAGCAAUACUUUCCCAAAGAGCAGGGUAACGGGAUGGUUGUGUCGGUGCCAACCUGCUUCUAUACCCAAUAUGCACCGGGCUGCGGCGGAUCCGCCCAGCUGUCACUAGCAAGCCCGGAUGCACCGGAAAGCAUUCUGGUGCUAGAGGAUAUGCGAUCACUUGGCUUCAAGGGAGCAAACUUUACCGCGGGCCUUACACUCGGCCAAACCGAGGCAGCCAUACGUGCAAUUGUCACCAUCCAUGCUCUUUCCCUCGGACUGAAGAUCAAGCGGAAGGUUGAUCUGAACGAAAAGUAUCCGUUCCUCUUUCAAACCACCCGGGCAACGGAGAGCUAUCAGCAGCUGGUGGAACAGGGUAUGCCUCAACUGACCAAGUUCCUCGAGCGUACGCCCGGCUACACCAACGAGCUGAAGGCGCUCACAAAAAUUCGCCCGAAAACCAAGCAGUUGAUCGAGACGUUGCUGCAACCGAUCGAACCGAUGGGACUGAUCACACACACCGAUUUUUGGUGUAACAAUUUACUGUUCCGCAGCGAGAGCGACCGUACCGACAGCUGCACCAUACUCGACUGGCAGAUGGUGACUUACAGUCGACCAACGAACGAUCUUGCACUGCUCCUGAUAUCAUCCAUUCCGUCUAGCACCCGGCGUCAGCAUACGGAUCGGUUGCUCGAUCUCUACUACGGUGCACUCAAAUCCUACUGCCUUAAGAUGGACGUCGACAUCGAGGCCGAUCUGGGCUACAGCCGGAACAAGAUGGACUGCGAGUAUCGGCAGUCGCUGCUGCUAGCACUACUACUGUGCAUCGGUUCGGUCGACAUCGCCAUCGGGAAUGCGGCCGCCGAGCAGCGGUUGCUGGACGUGCUGCGAGAUUUUAAUGAGGAAGGCAUUCUAGGUCUUGAAGGCUGUGUCGCGUAAAAGGAACCCGGGCGAGCGGGAGUCAGUGUUUGAAUCAUCGCUUUUUGCAUCCAUCCAAAGUCCAUCCAAAACAUUCACUUAAUUCGAGACGCUCUAAAGGCGAACUAACACGCAAAAGAAAUGUGGUUUAAUUUCGGCUCCAAACGCUCUGAUGACAGUUAUCCGCAGCUGGUAGCAGAUUUUGGAUACAACUGGCUUUGGAAGAGCGUAUUGUUAGACAUAGGUAACAUUCGAUAUAAUUCGUACGGUUUAUGCGCACAGAAAAUCAUUACGAUCAUUAAAGCAGGGUAGUAGGGUGCCGGUUGUACUGCUUUUGAAGCGUACACAACAGUGUCA